AUGCCUGCAAAACAGAGGUCUGGAGACGAUAUGAGAACUGGGUAUGAGCGCGGUUUAAUCCUUUCCUGUUGCCGAGGAACGCCACAGAGAAACCUAACAGAGACUGUCGACGCCAAAAUGGCGGACGGAAGGGAUGAGCUAAGUUUUCUACCGAAUGUGAAAGCCAGCGCUUGCAAACAGGAAAAGAAGACUAAACGGGUAGGAUUAAAAAAUCUCCAAAGACCUUUAGUACUCCCAAGCUUGGAACUCAGCACUGUUGACUUGCAAUUAGUGAGUAGCUUGUUCUCUCACAAGCAGAUAUGCAAAAAAGUUUGCGAGUGGUUUACAGACUGGAGGUCGUGGCAACAACGGAUCCUAUUGUGCGGCGUCUCUGAAAAGUGUACGAAAGGUCAAUUACAGGCGUUUGUGACGACGCUUGAGCCAGUGUUUCACAGGGAUUUUACGACUCGGCUGAAAGGGAUUUAUCCAACUGCUCGUAUUCAGGCGCGAUUGGUUCACACAGGCCCUGCUCCAAGCUUUAGCGCAGAAGAAUUGAAAAAUGCCCUUCAGCCAUCGCAGGAAGUAGAUCGGGUGAAUUCUUUAACCACGGUUGGCGAGGAAGAUAAACUCAAAGACAAGGAUGUUGACAGUUUUCAGAGCGAAUCAGGAGGAUUUCAUGAUCAGAAUAGUAGUAUGAAUCUUACCGCAGACCAUAGGACCGUGGGGAUCCCUGAGGGGAGUGUUGAUUCCCCUCACAGCCCUGAUGGGGGUACAGCUUUGACAGCUACAACUCAUUCUAUAAAACCAGCUGCUGGCAUGGAAGAAAACCACCGGCAUGAACACGCCCCACCAUUUAUAAGGAGAGUUAGUACACCAAAUUUUUUCCCACACUUCAAUCAUAAACAGCUUGGCCACAUGAGAACCACCCCAAAGACUGGAGAUAAAAAUAAGCUCUACGGGCAUGCACCAGUUACAUUCAAACACGAUAAAUGGUGGAAAGGCUACAAAGGAGGCCAUCUGAUCAAGCCAAGAAGGAGCAAACUUUCAAAUCAUUUUAAAUCUCAACUCAGUCAGAUUCAUCAGUGGCUGGAUGAAUGGCCAACUUAUAAGAGAUUAGAGCUAUUAUCAGAGGUGGUGAAGUGCUGUGAUGAAGAAUCUCUAAAUUUCUUCGCACAGUGUCUAACCCAGAGACUCAGAGAUACAACAGAUCUAAACUGUGUCCCAGACAAUGUCCUGCUCUAUGUCUUUUCUUUUUUAAAUGUUAGAAGCUUGUGUCAAAGUUCUCAGGUUUGUUAUCGUUGGAGAUUCUUAACAAAUGACAGCAGACUUUGGAAAGCUAAAAUUGCUUCACUGGGGGCCUCUGAAGGAAUUUCAAACUUAACUGAAAAGAUUGAAGUCCUUGGUCAUGGUCACGCUGUGGAUUGGAAACAAGCUUAUAGAGAAGUACAAAAUUACUACAAGGAUCUAGCCUCGGUGAAAUUAGAGGAAGAGGAUGAGGAAGAGUUUAAAGAGAAGUUAGAAGCUGCCGGACAGGAGGAAAAGAAGCAGUCAAGAGUAACUGAAUUGCCACCCGAGCCCAUUGACAAAGAUGAGUUAAAGAAAGUGCAGAGUGAUGUUGCUGAACUUUUGAUAUCUCAAAUGAUGGAGGACAUUGGACCCGCUCAGUCUGCCCCGGCUGCUGAUCAAAAGGAGCAUGGUGACGAGUUUGCAGCAGCAGCAGACUUUGAUGGAAAUGAUCUCACAGGUGGCAACCUCAAGCUCCUGACACGCAGUUUGAAGGCACUGGCUCAGGAUGGCGGAGAGAAAUCUGAAGAUUUGGAAGUUGCAUUGGAUGUACGGCCUAUUCUUGUGCAAGCAUCUAACUUAUUGGAAAGUGAUGGAGAAAGAGGCAGGCAUAAAUUUCGUUAUCUCUCACUUGCAGUUCAAGGUGUUUUAGCUGUCCGAAGAGUACGGAGAUUGCAGGGACAUAUGGACGCCAUACUCUGCUUACAGUUCGACAAAACAAGGAUUAUUACCGGCUCUGCAGACCGCACAAUACGAGUAUGGGAUGUGAGAAGCGGGCGAGGUAUUCACAAGCUAAAAGGCCACAAGGGUGGAGUGCGAUGUCUGCAGUUUGACGAUGAAAAAAUCAUCAGCGGCUCGUGGGAUAUGACCAUCAUGGUUUGGCACAUUGUUAAGUUCCACAGAUUGAAAGUACUCUAUGGGCAUUCUGGAUGCGUUUCCAGCUUGCAGUUUAAUGGAAAAAUCCUAGUGAGUGGGUCACAUGACCGUACCCUCCGCAUUUGGAGCACAGACACAUGGGAAUGCGAAUCCGUAAUUGAAGGACACGAAGGAGCUGUUACGUGUCUUCAGCUAAAUGGAGAUUACCUUGUCAGCGGUUCCACUGAUAGGACGUUAAAAUUGUGGGACAUAAAGACAAGAGAGUGUCUUCAUACAUUGGAAGGACAUAGAGACGCUGUUCUGGCUGCAACGGUGCUUGGUAAGCUAGUGAUCAGUGGGUCAGCGGACGGCAUGAUAAUGUUCUGGAACCUGGAAACGGGAAACUGUGAAGCUGCCAUUCAGGGUCACGAGGGCCCAGUCCACUCUCUGGAUUACAAUGGUCAUCAACAUUUCUUCUCAUCGGGAGGGGAUCAUUUAUUGAAGGAGUGGGACGUAAGUACUUGUACGUGUCUACGAUCGUUACAGGGACACAAAGGGCCUGUGUUCUGUGUUAAGGCUGCACCGCACAGGGUUGUCUCCUGCUCUGCUGACGGAUUUGCGAGGAUCUGGGACCUUGUUAGUUUGCCCGAAGGAAAGGGUCAGAGUAAGGCAAUUGCUUUUCAAGGAAACGUUAUCACACCAACCAGAGUUGAAGAAAAUUCUCUCUAGACUGCUUUAAAAUAGAUAUUGGCUUUAAAUUAUGUCCAUUUUGACGCGGUUUUGCACCAAUAAUUUGCUUAAGACUUUGACUAUGGAAAAAUUAACACGUGUUUACGUCAAGGUUAUUGAUUUCACAAAUAGUCGUGACGCAGGUACUCUGCUUGGUUGCUGUGCAACUUUGUGGUAAACUAACAAGGAAACAAACAAACAACGCUUGGCUGCUUCCUCGCCUUUUGAACUGUUUUAGAGUGGUUUUUCGCUGAACUGUUUUAGACUAAUUCACAUUAAGCGCUCGGCACACGGUUUUUUCUAAGAAAACACUGUAAUUAGUUAGAUAAAUUACAAAAGUAUGAGUGGAAUUCCAGAUGCUAAAAGAAUUUGCACCGAAGUCUCAGCCAGGAGAUAAGAUAAACAAUUUUGAUGCCCGGGGGACGUUUACACAGGAAUACACACACAUGACGAAAUUAUCAAAAUUCUUAAAAUUUCAGAUGUUAAUAGCGAGAUAUUCUUUAUCGGGUCAGGGGAGGAAAUAUGGAAAUUGUUUCCAUUUGUUUAGAUUUUUUCUUCUCAUAAACUAAGUAUUAUUAAAAUAAGAAUUAUAAACAUUCGAGUGAAUUAAAAACAUGUUGUCAAUAGCAACAUA